AUGACAACAGUAAAUCAAAUGAGGAAAGAAAACGAGAAGGGCUUUUAUUACAAUCCAUUCGAACCUAGACAAUGGGAUAUUACUGAUGAGAAUUAUCAAAAUUAACUAGUAGCAUAGAAUUUCGACUUCUCUAAGUGUUAGUAUCCUGAUUUGAUAGAUAGUCAGGCACUCUAGAAUAUUAGGAAAGCAUUAUUAGUCCCCUUGAUAAGUAUAACAGUGGUGGGCACAAUAUUUCUACCUUUACAUGCUCAAUUGAUAUACCUUACAUGGUGGGGCCAUCACUUGUAAACAUUUACUCUAAUAUACUGUAUUAAGGCAGGCAACCCAGAAAACAAAAAUAAUUUACUUAUUAAGAGAAUAUCAGCAAUUUGCUUUCAAGUUUCUCUAACAUUACAACUCAUCAUAAAUCUUGUAUACUGGACUUAAUUGUAUCAAAAUGAUUUAGCUAAAUCAUUCACUCCUGACAGACCUAUAUUUUCUACAUACUUCUGGUGGCACAAAGUAUUGAUUCACAGCCUUCCAGCUGUCACUGCAGUUUUGAACUUCAUUUUAACGUAAGGAGUGUUUAUCCCAGGCCAAGCAUUCUAUCAAAUUGUUCUAGGAGCGUUCUACACAAUUUUCAACUACUUUGGAGUAUAGUAUUUGGGGUAACCCAUCUAUGAUUUUAUGGAUUGGAAAAGCUACAUGUCAGUUGUGAAUAGCUUGAUUGUAUUCAUAAUGAGCGGGUUGAUACAGCAAAUCAUAUGUUGGUUUUCAAUUCAGGUUAAAACUAGACCAAUAGAUAUGAUAUAGAGCACUUAAUAAGACAAAAAAUCAAAAUGA